AUGUCCACUUCCACUAUCAAGUGGAAGCUGUACAGGAAAGGAGCCACCAUCAGCCGUGAAGCGUUUACCACUGGUCAUAGGUGCGGCGAGCCGAUUUACGUGGCUCGGGUGCUGCACAGGGGCUGCCUGCUGCCAGGGUACGCCAAGGACGGCGUCGGCUUCUUCGUCUACAAGGGUGAGGUCGUAACCAAGGAAGAAGAGUUCAAAAUCCUCCACGGUGACUUCGUUUGGGUGUCUGCUGCCUCUUUUAUUGAGGAGGACCUUCCUCCGCCUGCCCUCAGGGCAGGACGCACCUUCAUGGGGGUCAGGACGUUCGUUGGCAUGGCCCUGGUCGACGGACUCGAAUUGUGCGGACAGGUGAUUGGUGGCGCUUGUCACAUCGCUGUUGACGAAACUGAAGUCGUGAGCAUGAAGGAUUUUUCGUAUUUGCUGGACUACGACGGAUCCAAUAAUAAUGAAUGUUCUGACAGUAAUUGACACCGAAGACGAC